AAGUGGUCUCUCCCAGUAUCUCGUCAUAACAGGAACAAAUUCCAGUGGAGUUUAAAGUUUCCAAAGUAAAGCAGCUUUAAUACAAGGUUGAUAAUGCGUCUUGGCGGAACUGGCGAGGAAAAAGAUGCCGAUGAACACGUGCAAAAAAUAUGCGAUGAGAUCAAGGCUCAUGCUGAAGAUAAAGCUGGGCGGACGUUUGAGGUUUUCGUUGCCAAAUCUUAUAAAACACAGGUUGUGGCGGGGAGAAAUUACUUCAUCAAGGUGCAUGUAGGUGGAGAUGACUUCAUUCAUCUACGUGUUUAUAAAACCCUUCCCUGUUAUGGAGAAACAUUAACUCUACACGGCCUGCUGACACCCAAGGCGCAUCAUGAUCCAAUUGAAUAUUUCGAGCAAAAUCUUGAGAUAGUUCCCCAGUAACAAUGAGUAAUAACCACGGGAUCGCAACACUGUAUGCGUAUGACACCGAGUGGAACGUUAGUAAGAGCUAGAGACAUUUGUACAUUUAACAGUGUUUUUAUGAUAAGAUGGGCUGGUUAGUGAGGUUACAAGCAUAAAACUAACUGCAAUGAAACUGGCUGGGAAUAAAACAAUUGGCAAUUUA